GCGCGGCGGGAGCUGUAGUCACGGCGUGGGUGGCGGCGGCCCCGCCCCGAACCCGGAAGUGAGCGGGGAGGCGGAGGAGGUUCUAAGAUGGCGUCGCCUCCUCAGGGGGGCCCGAUGGCGAUCGCCAUGCGACUGCGGAACCAGCUCCAGGCCGUCUACAAGAUGGACCCGCUCCGGAACGAGGAGGAGGUGAAGGUGAAGAUGAAAGAGCUGAACGAGCACAUCGUGUGCUGCCUGUGCGCCGGGUACUUCAUCGACGCCACCACCAUCACCGAGUGCCUGCACACCUUCUGCAAGAGCUGCAUCGUCAAGUACCUGCAGACCAGCAAAUACUGCCCCAUGUGCAACACCAAGAUCCACGAGACGCAGCCGCUGCUCAACCUCAAGCUGGACCGCGUCAUGCAGGACAUCGUCUACAAGCUGGUGCCCGGCCUGCAGGAGAGCGAAGAGAAGAGGAUCCGGGAGUUCUACCAGUCCCGCGGCCUCGACCGGGUGACGCAGCCCAGCGGCGAGGACACGGUUGGGGGUGACCCCAUGGGGCUGCCCUACAGCACCUUCGAUCACUCCCGCGCCCACUACUUCCGCUACGACGAGCACGUCUCGCUGUGCCUGGAGAAGCAGAGCUCCAGCAAGGACAAGAGCAAGGCCGUGCUGCAGCAGAAGUACGUGAGAUGCUCUGUGCGGGCGCAGAUCCAGCACCUGCGGAGGGUCCUGUGCCACCGCCUGGGGCUGCCGCUGCAGCACCCUCCCGUGCGUAGGUGCAGAUCCUGUUCAACAACGAGGCCCUUCCCGACCACAUGACGAUGAAGCAGCUCUGGCUCUCACGCUGGUUUGGCAAGCCCGCGCCUCUCCUGCUGCACUACAGCAUCAAGGACAAGAGGAGGUAGGGGCUGGGGGCGGGCGCUACCCCCAGAGCGCAGCCCUGCUCCCCUUGCCCCCCGCUCUGCUCCCCCUAACUUAAUACCCUUCCUGCUCAAGUAUAUUUUUUGAAUAAAACUGGAAAAUAC